UUCAGCUUCUCCGCGGGCAAACGCGAAACAAGCACCCAAGCAUCGCCUCGAUCGAACUCCGCAUUGAUAAUCUGUUGCGUCCCAAAUCUUGGAUGAUGGAUAAGUUGAGGAGAUUUCAGCAAUCUCUUCUAGGCUGGGAAGAGGAUCAAGAAGACGAUUUUUUAAUCGGAUCCGAUUGUUCCUGCUCACUUUCUCCUCUUCAGAGACUGUAUGCAUUUGCUGUCUGCUUGGUCGCUGGCUUGGCUUUUUUGCUAUUGUCACUUAUUGUUUUUGCCAGACCCAUAAAGUUUGCAGUUAUGUUCAGUUUUGGGAACCUACUAGCAAUAGGAAGCACAGCCUUCCUUAUAGGUCCAGUUCAACAAACGAGAAUGAUGCUUGAUCCAGUCCGCAUCUAUGCAACUUCUGUUUACAUUAUCUCUGUUAUUCUUGCGCUUGUUUGUGCGCUAUGGAUACACAACAAGGUCUUAACGCUAAUUGUAAUGGUCAUUGAGAUUUGUGCUUUAAUAUGGUACAGUUUAAGUUAUAUUCCUUUCGCUCGAAGAAUGGUUUCUGAGCUGCUGAUAAGUUGUUGUGACACCGAUUUAAGCUGAGAUUCAGUAUGUCUUAUGCUGAUAAAGCCUUACAGAAGGGACUUCGAAGUACUAAUCAAU